AUGUUUUCUCAUUCUUAUCAGCCGUCAUAUAUCAAGACUGCACUUAAAUACUCAACGUAUGCAUAUAGAGCAUCACCAAGACUUCAAAACAACGACCCUUUGUCCCAAAAACCACAUGAAUCCAAAGUUCUGACUGUUAAGAAAAGGGACAGUUCUCAGAUUGAUGAACUAUCGCUUAAUGCGGCUAUACUUAUCAAACAAUCUGAGUGUGCUCUAACUUCCAAGCACAUUCCUCCUAGGUUCCAAACAAUCACAAAGUGUUGUAAACAGUUUUGGAUGGCGAAUUUUCCCGAGUGGUCUCGCAUUCUUGAGAUUAAACUGGACAAGGACCCACAAUUUCUUGACAAUCAUAUUUCAGAACCCGGUUUCCCGCACAGUUUCUCUGCUCAGCUUUCAAAAAUUUUUAAUUUCAAUAUCAAACUAGCAGGAUUCUUGGAUUCAAGUAUUGCGUCAGGAGAGGUUUUUAAUUUUCUACGGUUUUGUGAUUCCGUUUACAAAGAAUCGCGAACAGGUAAAGGAUUUCGACGUGGCCAUAUUAUACAGACCUCAAUGGUUUACGAAAAGCUAGCAAAUUAUUACGCAAAAUGUGGUGACUGGAGUGGAUACAUUAAAUUACUGGAACGAAUGAAACGAGAGGGUUUGUUACCUUCAAAAAAUACUUAUUUCUAUGGAUUUGAAUGUUUGGGUAAACUUAUGAACAAGAAUGGAUCUCAACUUCCACCGUCUUCGCACCCUCAGUCUAUUUCAAAAAAUAAAGCAUUGAAUCGCAUAACUCCCAAAUCAGUUAUACCUAUGGAAAAAAUCGGACACGAAGCUAAAAAUCUAAUAGAUGCUGCUGAAAAAGAGGGACAUGAUCUAACUCAGGGUUUACUAGGUUUAUCUCUAGAAGAAGGUUCAUUGAGGAAUAUUCUCACUGCUUUGUUGUAUGUCCGACCAAAUAUAAAUCCAAAUCUUAAUUACUUUAUACACUAUUCAUCCAGUAAUAUUUCAACACAUACCAAACGUAUCAAGGAAAUAUCUCAUCCAGCUCAAAAACAUUUAGAUAGUGUUAAACACGAACGUAAAAAUCCUUACGCUGGUAUUUUUACGGAUUUUGGUGACAUUUCAAAGGCAUUUAAAAACCAGAUAAACUACCUCUUUAUCGCCAGAACUAAAAAGAAUUUGCAUAAUGCUUUGAUUGAAGAACGGAAACACUGGCAUCAAAUCCUACUAACUGCCUUUAAUGAACAGUUGAAAAGGCUUAAAAUAAUUCAUGCAAAAGGAAAACUGACAGCCUAUCCAUUCCUGAAGAUCUUGCCUGUAUCAAAUUAUAUAGAUCUGAUGAUUUCGGGCAUUGAUAUGUUAAUUGUGGAUUCAGCUUUACAGUAUACCUCCUCAUCAAUUGCUUGUCUUCAACUUGGUCGGCGUGUAGAACGCGCUUGUACUGUAUACCGCCAAGAAAAAAUAGGAUAUUUUAAGCAGUUAGAAAAAAUGUACAUGACAUAUGCUACUUUGUUUAAUGAACAUAAAAUGAAAUUUUCUAAUUUUCGUCAUAUGUGGCUAUAUGCUCUACAAUCACGUAUAGAUCAAGGUCCGAAUACGCAACAUAAUUGGACUUCGUGGCCUCCAACAAUUCUUUUCAUGAUUGGUGAGACAAGUAGUAAUAUUCGUCGUAAAGAUACUCCAGCUAUCUUUGAAGUUCUCGCAGAAUUCCCAACUGAAGUAACUAAUGAAAUUAAGGUUCAUCCAACGCUAAUUAACUGGUAUCGUGAUGCAGAUUAUCCACCCUUAAGUUUCCAUCCAUGUGCUCUACCUAUGCUUUGUCCACCAGUUCCAUGGAUCAAUCUUGAUGAUGCUGGUUAUUUGAUUUCAAGAAAUUAUGCAACACGUCUGAUUAGAUGUACCAGUGUUUCAUCAACAAAUCCAACUUAUCUUGAUGACUUGGACUUUGAUUGCAAUCAAAUUCCAUCAAUAUUAGAUGCUCUCAACUGUUUAGCUUCCUGUCCAUGGAAAAUUAAUAACACCAUUUUAGACUAUCUUAUUCAAGUGGCACGUUCUGGUGGCAACGAAACUCUCAAUAUUCCCGAAUGGAGAAGUAAACCUAAACGUGUGGAUUUGAGAAAUGAUAUGACCCCUAAAGAACGUCGGCUCGCCUACAGAAAAUACCAUGAGGAUAGACAAGAUUAUGGUGAAUUUUGUUCACUGUGGAGCACUGAACUGUACAGACUAUCUAUAGCUAAUCAAUAUCGUGACAAAAUUAUUUGGUUUCCACAUAGUAUGGAUUUCCGGGGUCGUGUAUAUCCUUGUCCUCCCCAUUUCAAUCAUACCGGUAGUGAUGUGGCUAGAAGUCUCAUUGUAUUUGCAAAGGGAUUACCUCUUGGUCCUAAUGGCCUAGAUUGGCUUAAAAUACACUUAGUCAAUUUAACAGGUUUAAAGAAGAGAUGCACCCACUCAGAACGUUUAGAAUAUGCCGAUUCUAUAAUGAAUGACAUUAUUGAUUCUGCUGAGAAACCAUUCGAUGGUAGGAGAUGGUGGCAAAAUCAAGCAGAGCCAUGGCAAAUCUUAGCUUGUUGUAUCGAAUUAAAAAACGCUUUGUCACAUCCAUCUGGACCAGAAUCAUAUGUUUCUCAUUUUCCUGUCCAUCAAGAUGGUUCUUGUAAUGGAUUACAACAUUAUGCCGCCUUAGGCCGUGAUCUUCGAGGUGCAAAAUCAGUUAAUCUUACUAGUAUGGAUUAUCCACAAGAUUUGUACAGUGACGUUGUUGAAAUCGUAGAAGAACAAAGGCGUAUCGAUGCUGAUGGCGGGAACUCUAUUGCUAAAACACUUGAAGGUUUUGUUCGGCGUAAAGUUAUCAAACAGUCUAUAAUGACUACGGUUUAUGGUGUUACUCCAUAUGGGGCUACUGAACAAAUCCAGUCUUUACUCCCUGCUUCUAGAUAUUUGGCUCGUUUAACACUGAAUAGUAUCGAAAAAGUUUUUACGUCUUCAGUUGAUAUUCAAAAUUGGCUUUGCAAAAUUGCCAAAUAUAUAUCUGGAGAUUUACAACAUAGAGUUAGCUGGCAAACUCCUCUUGGUCUACCAGUUAUACAACCAUAUAUCCAGUCAAAUAAAAGUUCGAAUGAUUCUGAUGAUUAUACAGUUAGCUAUUAUAGCCAAGUUAUUGACAAUAAUCAGAAACUAGAUUUACUAAAGAAUGAUAAAACGGGUGACAAUUUGAUAUCAUUGCCAAAAUCAUCUAAACAAACAAGUGCUUUUCCACCGAAUUUUAUUCACUCAUUAGAUUCAUGUCAUAUGAUGCUAACGGGUUUGCAGUGCUUAAAAGAAGGCAUUGUUUUCGCCUCUGUACAUGAUUGUUUUUGGACUCAUGCAGCUACUGUAGAUAAGUUGAAUCGAAUAUGCCGUGAAGAAUUUAUUGCCCUUCACAGUCAAUCAAUAUUAGGCGAUUUUGCUGAUUAUGUAAAACAAAGGUUUGGAUAUACAGACAAACAAAUCAAUGAAUUUAAAAGUGGGAAGAAACGAGAUCAGGCAUUGGCUUUCAAUCGUUUACUUUCGAAUCUCCCUAAAACAGGUUCAUUCGAUUUGUCCGAAGUUAUGAAAGCAGAAUAUUUCUUCAGUUGA